AUGUCCUCCUCGAAUGUACCUCCUAUAUCGAAAGGUGAAGAAGUCGAGCUGUCGACGGUUCAGAAUGGCUCAACAACAGUACCAUCACUUCCCCUGGAAGAGGACAUUAUGCAAUGCGCUCGUAUAGGCGCACUCGAACACAUUCAGCGCAUGAUCGAGAGUGGCAGAUACAAGGCUAAUUACCAGGAUGAGCAACGCAUUACACCACUACACUGGGCAGCUAUCAACAAUCAGUUUGCUGUGUGCAAGUACUUGCUCGAACACGGGGCGGAUGUCAAUGCGAAAGGAGGAGAGUCCAAUGCGACUGCCGCAAUGUGGGCGGCACAGAGAUGCCAUUUCUACAUCGUUAACCUGAUGAUCCAGCAUGGGGUUGACCUAUUGCUCGUAGAUGCGCAAGGGUACAAUAUUCUGCACCUUUCCACGAUCGACGGCAACGCCUUUCUUCUCGUCCUACUUCUCCUCCAGAACAUCCCUGUCGAUACUCCUGAUUCUCAAGGACACACUAGUCUAAUGUGGGCUGGUUACAAGGGCUGGCCUGCAUGUGUUGACUUGCUUCUGAGAUGGGGUGCAAGCGUUGAUGCCAGAGACGAGGCUGGAUUUACGCCACUCCACUGGUCUUUGGUGAAGGGAUCAAAACCGUGCUUGGAGAAGCUUAUUGAGUAUGGUGCAGAUCGAUUCGCGAAAACGAACGAUGGGAAGACACCAGCAGAAUGCGCCAAAGAGAUGAAUUCGAGGGGACCAUAUAUCCGUGCGCUGAAAGACCAGGGCUAUGCACCGAACGGACAACCUAAACAACUGCCUUUGAACCUCAGUGCAUUUACCAGGGACAAAUCGAAGAUUGCCAAAUUCCUGUUCCUGUUUCCUUUCCUCAUCAUGUUGAUAUGCGCUUGGAUCAUUGCUCACUUCUCCAUAUACGUUGGUCUACCGCUAUCUCUGGCGGUUGGUAUAGCUUUGCAAUGGGCAGCGCAGUGGGUAGGGCAGCAGGGUCCUGCUAAGUACCAUGCCAUACACAAAACGCCUUACCUAGCUGGUAUAUUUUCAGGAACUUUGUUCUACAUAGGCGUUGACUGGCUGUGGCUCAUCUUGCCCCUGACCUUUAGUACGGACUUCCUCUCGAAUCUCGCUUUUGGCCUUUUCUAUGCGUCAACUACCUAUUUCUACUUUCUCGCUAUGACUGAAGAUCCUGGCUAUGUUCCGAAAUACUCUUCGCGCAAUCAGGAAAGGGAAGUGGUCCAGGAACUGUUCUCGCUCUGGAAGUUUGACGAGCAGAAUUUUUGCAUUCAAUGUAUGAUUAGACGACCCUUGAGAUCGAAGCAUUGUCGACGUUGUGGAAGAUGUGUUGCGAAGCACGACCAUCACUGUCCUUGGAUCAACUCCUGUGUUGCCAACAACAACAUCCGACACUUCUUUUUGUACAUCGUCAGCAUGUGGUUCGGGAUAGUCCUUUACGUCCGACUCGUUCUGGCAUAUUUGUAUGCUUUACCUACACCAUCGGAAACGACCUGCAAUGUACUACCACCUUAUUUAUGUUCCUUUGCUUUACGCGAUACAUGGACAAUCUCCUUGACGAUAUGGACUCUGGUGCAAAUGGUAUGGGUGUCCAUGCUGCUUGUUGUGCAGUCUAUACAAAUAGCCAAGAACAUCACGACAUACGAGAACAUGAAACGACACGAUCAUACUUCAAGUCAUGGGUCAAGUCACCUGCCACUGCACAAUGCUCGACCCACAACACUAGGCGCCAAUCCAGCAAGCACGUCCUUAAACGAUACUGCUGCAGCCGCAACUCGCAUACACCCUGCACCACGGGCCCCAGAUGGUUGGUUUGCGAAGCUGAGAAAGACGCUUGGGAUCGACGUCUUCUUCGCAACUGCUUCAGACGCCUCUGCAGGCAAGAUUAAGGAUCGAGCGAACCCGUUCAGUAGAGGAGUCAUUGGCAAUUGCAGAGAUUUCUGGUGCGAUCCAGCCCCAAUACUGAAAAAGAGAAUACCUGGGAACAGCUAUCUUAGUGGAGAGGUGGUUAACUACUAUUACUUGUACGAACGUCCAUCCAUGCUUCGUAGUCGUGGUGGGGGAGGCAUGCGAUAUCAACAAAUCGCUGCAGAAGAGGAGGGUGACGAUUAG